CUUGGUUUUAUUUAUCAAGCCCUUUAAGAUCUCUUUAACGUUUAAAGAAACGUAUAUACUCUGGUUGUUUUAUAUUGUAAGUCAGCAAGCAUUUGCCAAUUAUAUGUCUGACCAUCUACUUCAGCGAAAAGACUGCAAACAUCUGGACCUGAAGGCGUUUGAGAGAAGACUGACAGAGUAUGUCUCCUGUUUACAACCCGCAACAGGCAGGUGGAGAAUGAUUCUAAUCGUAGUGUCUGUGUGUACGGCCACUGGGGCUUGGAACUGGUUAAUAGACCCCGACACACAGAAGGUUUCUUUCUUUUCAUCUCUAUGGAAUCACCCCUUCUUCACCAUCAGCUGCAUCACUCUUAUAGCUCUCUUCUUUGCUGGGAUACACAAAAGAGUUGUGGCACCAUCAAUUAUUGCUGCUCGCUGUCGGACAGUUUUAGCAGAAUACAACAUGUCCUGUGAUGAUACGGGGAAACUUAUUCUCAAGCCACGACCUAACAUCCAGUAACUUAAAGCUCGAGUGUGGUCAUAGUGGUCCUGGUUUUUGUUGGUUACUGGUGAUCACUCUGUGCUUUAAGUCCUCAAGGUGGUUUGAGCAGCAAAAAGGGGGACAGCACCAAUAUGGACAUUGUCAUCUGUAUGGAUGAGUUGUAUGGAGGAAGACAGGAAAGGGGCCUUUUAACUGUGUUGCUGGUGGAUCUCAUCACAGCAGAAGCUGAUCUACUCGUUUGUCUUUGAUAUGUUUGUUUCUGAUUUUGAGCAUAUAUUUUACCUGAAUGUUUCUAUUUUUAAAGUUAUAUACCUAAUAAAUACGUAACAUAUAA